CACUGGCAUAUGAACUGGGCUGGGGGCUGCCUGCCUCUUACAGCCACGCGGCCCGGCAUUCUACACGUUCCGUCGUCUACAUACAUAUACACACAUCCCCGGAGCGCGCUUCUACGCUGACUGCAGACAUGAGACUCCAACAGCUCCUUUGUAUCGUGUUUUUCCUCCUGGCGACCCUCCUCCCUGCCGGCGGACAGCGGCCAGCCAACCUGGCUCUGCGAAGGAAGCUCCACCGGCACGGCUGCUCCCACCGGCGCUGCAUGCCGCUACACUCCAGAGUGCCCUUUCCCUGAGCAAUUUCAUAAUGGGCUCUUCAGUGUUUUAAAGGAGCAAUAAUUAAGCUGAUAGUUUGUCAGAAGUCCAGAUCGACAACAACUGACCUGAUAGAGCCACUGCAGUCUUGUCUUCAGUAGUCCUGUCUACCGCAUUCUGCAAGACCUGGAACAGAUGCCACUGGCUCCCACCCUAGGGAGAGAGAGGGAAGAAAUGGAGGGUGGUGAUAGGAAGAUGUACAUGAAACUUAUCUGGCUGAAACAUUCUGUAUAAAUUCUUUGGCUCUCAUAAUAACUAGUGAAAGUUAAAGACCACAUCAAACAUUGGGUACCUGAGAUGGAUUUCCAGUGGCAUUAAGAAGAAUCUGUCCAAGGGGACUCUUAACGGCCUGUCAAGACUAAAAGACACUGUACACACUGUUGACUGCUCAAUUCAGGCUGUGCAUAGGGCAGUAUUUCGGGUGAAAUAAU